GUGGAGGGGGAAGGAGUGACGUCACUGAGAAGACUUGGCUUUGUCCUCCCACACGCCUGAACCUUUGCUACAAUUACCGCUAUUUUCUCCACACCGCGUCCCCUGCUUGUAAUAUGAGUAAUGCAGCCACCCACAAUGGCGUAGGUCUGGAGCAGCGGUUCGCUGGUCUGGGCUUGGAGAGCCGUGAUCACAUCGGGUCGCGCCCCGGCGGUCGGGGUGGCCGAGGAGGGGGACGCUACAUACCCCCACACCUGCGUAAUCGUCUUGAAGACACUCCCCCACCACCUCCACCAGAUUGCCCCGAUAGGAAUAGUAGGGAGUGGUAUGGGCCGAGGGGAUCCCAGGGUGGCGGCGGCGGCGGUGGCUGGGACAGAGAUCCAUAUGGCAGUAGUGGACAGAAGAAUGGUCCUUUGGGGACUUCCACUUUCCAGCGACGGGACAACAGGUCAGGUGCCGGUGGUGGGUUCCGUGGUGGUGACAAUCGAGGCUACAGGGACAGAGAUGACCGCUGGGGGGGUGGUCGGGAUGGACGCAGCGGCGGGUUUGACGAGCGCUUCCGUGAAGGUGGGGGUAUGAAUGGCCCUCCACCACGCAACAACCGCUGGGUGGAGGACGAGAGGGACCGUUCAUCAGGGGGGGGAGGUGCGCGCUGGCAGGACAGAGUGGGUGACCGAGAUGAUUGGACUCAACCCCUGCCAAGGAAUGAAGUGCUGGAGGCUGAGCUGUUCUCCUCCUCAACCAAUGGAGGCACUAGUGUGCAGUCAAACAGUGGCAUCAACUUCGACAAGUAUGAUGACAUCCCAGUGGAGGCAACCGGCGACGAUGUGCCCACCUCCAUCAACACCUUUGCUGACAUCAAGCUUACUGAAAUUAUACGUAUGAAUAUCACCCUUGCCCGUUAUGAGAGGCCCACCCCUGUGCAGAAAUAUGCCAUCCCCUUCAUCCUGGGCAAGAGGGACCUCAUGGCCUGCGCUCAGACUGGCUCGGGCAAGACAGCGGCCUUCCUGGUGCCCAUCCUCAACCAGAUCUAUGAACACGGCCCUGUGCAGGUGAAGAACAAUAACCCUCGUGGCCGCAGCAAGCAGUACCCCUUGGCGCUGGUCCUGGCCCCGACCCGCGAGCUGGCCACACAGAUCUAUGAUGAAUCACGCAAGUUCUCAUACAGGGCUCGUGUGCGUCCGUGUGUGGUGUAUGGCGGCGCUGAUGUGGUGGCACAGAUGCGUGACCUGGCCAGGGGAUGCCAUCUGCUCGUGGCCACCCCUGGCAGGUUGGCCGACAUGAUUGACCGUGGCAAGAUUGGUCUGGACUGCUGCAAGUACUUGGUGCUGGACGAAGCCGAUCGCAUGUUGGAUAUGGGUUUUGAGCCUCAGAUUCGCCGCAUUGUUGAGGAAGACAACAUGCCACCCACCGGCCAGCGACAGACUCUCAUGUUCUCCGCCACCUUCCCUAAAGAGAUUCAGCGUCUGGCCCAGGACUUCUUGGACAACUACAUCUUCUUGGCUGUAGGUCGUGUAGGCUCCACCUCUGAGAACAUCACCCAGAAGAUUGUGUGGGUGGCAGAGGAGGACAAACGCUCCUUCUUGCUGGACAUCCUCAACGCAGCAGGAUUGGACCGUCUCAAUGAAGCCACCAAGGUGGAGUCCCUGACGCUGGUGUUUGUGGAGACCAAGAAGGGCGCUGACGCACUGGAAGAGUUCCUGUAUCGCCACGGCUACCCGGUGACCAGCAUCCAUGGCGACCGCAGCCAGCGUGAGAGGGAGGACGCUCUCAGGGUGUUCCGCAGUGGCCAGUGUCCCAUCCUCGUUGCCACUGCUGUGGCUGCUCGAGGGCUGGACAUCCCACAUGUUAGGCACGUCAUCAACUUUGACUUGCCCUCGGACAUUGAGGAAUAUGUCCACCGGAUUGGUCGUACUGGUCGUAUGGGGAACCUUGGCCUGGCCACGAGCUUCUUCAACGACAAGAACCGCAACAUGGUGCGUGACUUGGUGGAGUUGCUUCAGGAGGCCAAGCAGGAACUCCCCAAGUGGCUGGAGGUCAUUGCCUCCGAGACACGCUGGGGAGGUGGUGGCGGCGGCGGUCGGGGACGCAGUGGAGGUGGAAAGCGGUUUGGUGGAGGCUUUGGGUCCAGGGAUUACCGGCAGGUGGACCGCAACAAGUCAUCCCAUACCGGUGGUUCAUCUCGGCCUGGGUUCAGCAACUUCGGGGGAGUUGUGUUUGCAGCGCCGCCACACUUCAACCACUACGGAGGCUACAGUGGCUUCAGUGGUGGUGGCAGCAGCAGCGGCAGCUACAACAGCUACAACAACUCUGGGGCCUCGGGGACAGACUGGUGGGGCAACUGAGCGGCGGCGGCGGCAGCCCUGCCCGCCGCAGCGCCGUGCCACCUUGUGCCACACUUGUUACGCCUGGGCCCUAUCAUUAGUGGAAGUGCAGUGUUUGCUUUUCUUUAGUUUAGGAGGACGGUGUUUGUCCUCUCUAGUUGUAAGGCAGGACAGUUUCUGAGUUCUUGGAAGUUUUGUUGGCGGCUGCGGGACAGCUUUGUCUCCAGGAGGCUGCCUCCAGCUGGGAUUCUUUUAAAAGAGUUUAAAAAAAACUGUGUGUGUGUGUGUGUGAGCGAGUUAGAGGAUUACUGUCUACAGAAGGAAUACUCCAAGAGUCGUGUAUUGCUUCAUACUUAUCCCCCCAGCAACAAGUGACCACAACGUGGCAUAAGGUUUCAGCAGCAGUCAAACUUUGCUAAGUGUUCCCCUCCCCCCCACCCCCACCGCCGAGUCCUGGCGCCAGCGACACUCUCCCUCUUCCCGGCGGCCAGGCCUCGGACGCCACCACUGUCUAGGUGUUUUGCUGCCUGACUCUCUGCAUUGCCCAACAAAUAUUGACCCUCUAGGAAACUUGAAUGUUUACUAGGCAUUUUUUGUGUGAUCACCACAAGGGGCCGCAGAGAGAGGGUUCGUCCACGGAGACGCACUUCCUCUCUCGGCUGCGGCCGCGCGUAGCACCGAGUAGGCACACCGUUGUCGCGAUGCAGGAACAGGCUUGUCCGAACCCCACCCCACUCCACCCUCUAAGGUUGGACUGCUGUUAACUUUUUGAGUGCGAGGAAGGGCGGCCACCAGGCGCCCUGUGCCGCCUCCUCGCCAAGGUAUUAUAAUUAUAGAAUUGUGUAGCAUGGCUUUUGGGAAGUUUAUUGAUCAUUUGAUAUUUUGCCGUCCCUUUUGAUUGUAGUGUGAAGAAGAACUUGCCUCCGAGUAGCAGCGGCUGCUCGCGAUUCACGUUACCGCCGCCCUGAGGAAGGGAGGCCCCCGCACUGCGCUGCGUGCGUGUGUGCGUGCGCGUGUUCUCUCGAGAACGGGUUGAAUCUGUGGAGGCUCGAUACGGAGAUGUGUCUUUGUCUCUCCUUCUGGACUCUGAACAACACCAGGUAUAUUUAUGAGUUUUUUUCUUUGUUUUUCCUCCGAUACGUCUACAUUUGGUUUGGUUGGACUUGGGUGCUGGUGACAGCAUCCUCUACACAGUAGUAGCGGCCGACCGCCGCGACACGUGGCCACAGCAUCACUCAAGCCUGGUCUCCUGAAGGUGGUGGCUGGCAUGUUGCAGUAAUGAUCCAUCCCUGAGUCAUACAAAUAACCUGACUUAUCUCAGGGCAUAGGCCUAUCCAGUGUUCGACAAACGUGUUCCCGUCCGGCGCGGAGGCUGGGCGGGGAGGCAGCGCCGCGACUCCCGGCGGGGUCGGCCCUGCUGCGGCGCACUGCAGCCCGCAGCCUUCCUAGAUGUAAGUGGAGUGGCCCGGACCCACUUUGGCGAACACUGCCAUUAUUACUGUGAUACUGUGCGAUGCCCGCGAGGGGCAGGACGCGGGGCGCGGGGCCAGGUUUGGGUUGUGGCAGAGAACGCCCCCGGCAGAGGGCUGCCAGCUCUUCCCUGGCAUGAACUAGCAGGGUUGCAGCAACUUUGAUGAUAGUGAGACAGAGGUACAGCCCACAUUCCACUUUUAUCAUAAUCCUCCACAAAGUGUUUAUAUAGUUAUACUUGUAAUCUCAGUCAUAGCCUGAGCAUUGCCAAAGAUUGUUAGUUUGUAUGUUCAUGUACAAAUGUUGUCUUUAUUUAGUAAUUCAUAUUUGUUAUUGUAGAUGCUGACAUAAGCCACCAGGUUUAUGCUCACCUCAGACUGACUCUAGUCGGUGAUGGAGCGCGUUCCUCAAGUUCACCAAGGCAGGAGUGCCGUGCGGCUCCAGAAUUUGGCUCCCCGUUCCCCGUGAACAAAACGUCUGCCCGCAGAUCUGAUGGUUUGGGCAUUUCUCACCUAGCUAUAUCUCAUCAGCUCCCCGUCACUUGUUGGUGCUAACGUUAUGCUGUCCGGGAGCCGCGAUCAGGUACAAAGUUUAUAGCACAAUAAUCUGUCACAGAGAGAGAGGGAGAUGUUCUGUGUUCUAAAUGGUAAAGUCAGCCUGCGUUUUACUGAAGGGCCGGUCCCGUGGCCUGGUGCCCGGGGCUGGCUGGCCGCUCUCUGUCCGCGCUCUUGAAACGAUUAAAUUGUGCAAAAUUCACAGUUUGGCGGUACAAUACUUCCUAGUAAUGUACAGAUCGUGCGUUUUAUGUACUGGCUUGUGUGGGUUUUUCUCAUUGAGAGUUUAGAGUUUUUCAUAUUACCAGUAGUGAGCGAGCCACCGCGUGACGCUGGAGCCUCGGGCCUCAGUGCCCCGCCCGUCACACUACAGCACGUGGAGAUGCACUGGCAACCCACCCGGGGUUGUGGGGCCGCCGCCUGCUCCGCCCGCCAUCCCGCCCCACCUGCCAAGGGGGACGGGGUGGCGGCGUUGGGGUCAAGGGGCCCCCGGGAUCAACUUUCCAGCAAGGAAGAGCAACGUCAUCUUCCCGGCCCCGCCAGAGCUCCGGCGAGCUCUUCGGGGAGGUCAGGAAGGGGUCCUCACAUUUCCCAUGGAAAGAAAGUGUACCUAAUAUUGGGGAAAUAUUCGGGGGGGUCUCUGCGCCAUAUAUUGUGUAGAUAAAAUGUACUGUCUUUUUAUACAAGAUUGCAAGCUAUUUUUUAUUUCUCUCAUUUCUAGAGAUUUAAGGAGAGAUCUCAAGUUUAAUAUAGGGAUGGCAAAUUGAAAAGUCUACUAUUAUUAUAUUCACUCUGGCAUUUAGAACAGUUAUAAACUAGAUGAUGUAACCAAGCUUUCUUAAAACAAUAAAAAUAGUAAAACAACAAA